AAAAGGAGAAAGAGGGGGGCAUAGUAACAACAAUAAUGCAGUCGGCUCCUCCUCCGCUGUCCCGUCGCCUCUCCUGCAUUCUCGUCACCGUCUUCGUCGCCCUCCUCUUCCUCUUCCUUGUCCUCCCAUUCUCCUCCCCGCCCUCCUCCUCCUCCUCCUCCUCCUCCGCCGCCCCGCUCCGAUCCUCCGCCGCCGCUCUCAUCUCCUCCUCACCGCCCACCCCCUCCUUCGCCUACCUCCUCUCGGGCACCGUCGGCGACGCCGACCGCCUCCUCCGCCUCCUCCGCGCCACCUACCACCCAAGGAACCUCUACCUCCUCCACCUCGACGGCGCCGCCCCCCAGGCCCAGCGCGACCGCCUCGCCCGCGCCGUCCGCGCCGUUCCGGCAUUCCGAUCCGCCGGCAAUGUCCACGUCAUCGGAAAGUCCGACUUCGCCAACCCCCGCGGCUCCUCCGCCCUCGCCGCCACCCUCCACGCCGCAGCCAUCCUCCUCCGCCUCGGCCCUAAUUGGGACUGGUUCAUCAAUCUCCAUGCCUCCGAUUACCCUCUCGUCACCCAGGAUGAUCUUCUUCAUGUUUUUUCUUUCUUACCCAAGGAUCUCAAUUUUGUUCAGCAUUCAAGUUAUAUUGGUUGGAAAGAGUCUCAGCGACAAAAACUAAUAAUUGUCGAUCCUGGUCUUUAUCUCUCAUCAAGGACUGAAGUGUUCUAUGCUACACAGAAGCGCGAGUUGCCAAAUGCCUACAGGUUAUUUACAGGUUCUGCUUCGGUAAUCCUAAGCCGGAAAUUUGUGGAGUAUUGCAUCUUGGAUACUGACAAUUUACCACGAACUCUUCUUAUGUACUAUGGAAACACGCCUUCAUCGUGCACAAACUACUUCCAAACCGUUCUCUGCAACUCUCCUGAAUUCAACAGGACUGUUGUUAACCAUGAUCUACACUAUGUGGUAUGGGACACAUCCCCAAAAAAGGAACCGCAUGUACUGACUACAAAUGACUUGGAGAAUAUGACUCAGAGUGGUGCAGCCUUUGGUACAAGGUUUGCCAGAGAUGAUCCUGUUCUCGACCACAUAGAUCAGGAGGUCCUGAAUUGUGGUCCCAGCAAGAUAGUUCCAGGAGGCUGGUGUUUGGGUAAAGGUCAUACUGACGCAUGCUUGAUCUGGGGUAAUGUCGAUGUUUUGAUCCCAGGUCCUGGAGCCAUGAGGCUUGCAGACUUCAUGGCACAGCUGCUCUCCGCCGGGACCUUGCAUUCGCAUCAGUGCAUAUGGGACUGAUCAUGUAAUUUGAUGGACACCUGCUUCUAGAAAAUUUUGUUUAUUGAUUCAUGUUUUUAGGUCUUAUUGUACUGUUAUCAGAUCUUACAGUUUAGUUGAUUAAAAUGGUGUUCUGUCAGUAUCUUGUUACAAAUUCAACCAUUAUUCAGAUACACUUCCUUCUCCUGCCCCUGUUCUCUUUCA